AUGUUCAGGACAGCUACACUGAUACAGACGGCACUCGCCGCUUUGUACCAAGGGAUUUUCGUUCUGGGUGGUACUCAACACGUCUUCUCUUCGGGGGCCAGCAGCACCACUGAUGGUCAACUAUUGCCUCCUGACAUCAUCAAGAGCAUACAGUCCAUCGUCGACGCACAUGAAGUCCCAGGAAUGUCCUUGGCCUUUGUACGACCGGGCGUAGCAGUCGAAUUUGGAAACUGGGGAAUACGAAGCGAGGAUGGCGAGGCCAUGACAAGCGACACUCUAUUCACGUUGGCAUCCUGCUCCAAAGCCUUUACAGCCGCUUCCAUCGGCUUGCUCAUCGAGGACUAUGCGACUGGCAAGAACGUAACGCCCCUACCCGAUGGACUUAGCCGCUUAGAUUGGGACACCAAACUUCAAGAUAUCCUACCCGGAGAAUGGAAGCUUAUGGACGAGCCUGCAAGCAAGAUGGCUGCUCUCAAGGAUAUAUUGUCUCACCAAACAGGCGUACCCAGGCAUGACUUAUCCUACGCGAGGGACGAUACCGCGAAGGACAUGGUCUCUCGGCUCAGAUAUCUACGCCCCGCCUUCGAAAUCAGGGAACGCUAUCACUACAACAACAUCAUGUUCAUGACAGCCCAACACAUCGUGACGACAUACGCAGGCUCGUUCACGGACUUCGUUCGUGAUCGCAUCUUUCUGCCGCUCAACAUGACUUCCACGACAUAUUCGUACUCGGAAGCUGCCGAAAGCGGCAAAACGACGCAGAACUGGGGAGAGAACGGACGUCUCAUACCGUGGUGGUUCAAGGAUGCUGAAACGGAGCUCAUCUCUGGUGCUGGCGGCAUCAUAACCUCUGCGCAGGAUAUGUCGCACUGGGUACAGAUGCUACUUAACAGUGGAGUGGACCCUAUCUCCAAGAAGAGGGUUCUGACGCCGGAGAUCAUCGAAGCUGUGAGCUUGGCCAGGACCAUCAUGAACGGGAGAGGCAACAGCGAAACGUCGAUCGAGGGUUACGGGAUGGGCUGGAGUCGGAACUCGUACCACGGGCAUGAGCUCAUCACGCAUAAUGGCGGUUUACCUGGCAUCUCUACCUUGGUGGUCCUAUCUCCUCACGACGGCUCCGGCGUAGUGUCGCUGUCAAACGCGGAUAACAAGCAUCCGGCGUUAACAGAAGCAACGCUCUUGCUCUUGAACCAGAUCUGGAACCGACAGCAAGACCAAACGGCGCAAGCUCUGUUCGGACCAGACACGCGCAUGGAUGGAAGGAAUAACGGCCCCAUACUCCCACAUGUGAAUGCGCUUCAAGAACUGCCUCCUCAUGACUUCACCGGUCUCUACAUGAACGAGGGAUAUGGCACAUUCCUGUUGUGCGACUCAAAGAGUACUUCCGCGCAUUGCACGGGUGUGCUCGAUGACUUCGCCACCAUCGACGCUCUAGAAAAGCCGAAGGAUACGGAGCUGUACGCCUCCUGGCCACGACUCUGGACAUCGCAUUUGCGCCUGUCUUAUGCUGGCGAUAUGCGCUUCGUUGCGCAAGCAUCUCAACUCUUCCCUCAAGGCUUCGGCAAGAAUACUACCCCGUUCGAGCAGAUCAGCGGUACAGUAUUUGCGGACUUUGUUGUGCGUGAUGAUGGCGAGGUGCUCGGGUUCGGCCUAUUCGGGUUCGUCGGAGAGAGGACCAAUAGGGAAAAGAAGGGCGGUAGCAUUGAGGAGACGGCGGAAGUAUGGUUCGAUAAGGCGAUGUGGAAGCGCACGCAGGAACCUGUCGUCGCUGUGUGA